CGAAAACCGAUGAAGUUAUAUGAAGGAGCAGAGCACGGAAUUGGUCGAUUUCUAUGUUCUGUCGAUUGUGGGAAAUGUAGAUAGUAUGCAGGAUUAAUUCAUUUUUUGAUGAAGUUCGCCUGCCUUUAAAUAAAGCAAUUAAAUUAAUGUACUGCUUUGUGCGAGAUUUCUCAUAUGAGAAUACCGCGCAUGAACUGUGCGACCCCACCUUAGGCAAUGAUAGUGCUCUACUAUCAACCGUAACAAUUGCCGCGUGGUUUCGCUGCUGUCGGGAGAUAAUAGUGGACCACUUUUUAAACAUACAGGCAAAGAAACCGAAAUUAUGGGGAAUUUCGGAAUCUGGGUCUCCGAUUACUGUUCUGGUACCUUAUGUAACAGUUCGAUUUUUGAAGAGUGUUUAUAGAAAACACUAUUGACGAAACAAAAUUCGGAAAGAGAGGAUAUAAUCAUGGCAAGAGAGUUGAAAAUCAUUGGGUUUCGGGAUGAUAUUAGUGCAAAAUCGUGAGGCAACAACAUUCAUUUUAAUAAUAAAGGAAAAUGUAAUUACUGGUAAUGAAAUCCACACAAACAGUUUUGAAAGUUAUGCCAGGCUGGCUGCAGAGGGGUACAUACAUAAAACAACCAAUCAAAGCAUGAAAUUUGUAGAUAAAUGAAAUUGUUUUAUUUGUACUAGUAAUGAUAGCAUUGAAGAAUUCAAUUGGCUAUUGGCAAAACACUGGAUGAGGGAGAGGUUGUUUCCACGACGAUGAAUUUAUCGAUCGCUUAUGCGAAUUUCUUGUCAUCACAACGGAAUUGAUUUAAUGGCAUCGUUGAUAGAAGCGAUCCGAAGACAUAGUUUUAAAUAAGAUAAGCGGAAAUCGAGAGUAUUUGAAUGUUCAUCUGUGUAGACCAAUCAGAUUAUAGAUAGGAGCAAUAUGCGUAAUAAAAGUAGUUGAAGUAAUGUGUAAUAUACCUCACGAACAGGCAGGUCUCAAACUUAUAUACCGAAGUCUAGAGAAAACAGUUAAAAAAUUGAGUUGUGACUAGUUGUGAAAAAUUAACAGAAAAGAUAAGAUUCUCGUUCUGCGCAUGCGUGGCAUACUCAGACGAAGACAGAGACACUUUACUCAUCUUUGUCUAUCUUGCAAGAACACAAACCUUAUUGAUCGUCCACGUUGAUCUUUCAUGACUGAGCGCAACUCAAUUUUUGGACGAUUUUCCCUAGCAAGUAUCGAAACCUGUUUAUGUGGUCGCCACAUAUUCUAAAAAUACUCAGUUUCAUAUAGUUUUAACUUUUAAACCAUUGGAUUCGUCAUUCUUGCCUUAAAACUUGUAUUUUCGAGUUUUGUACGUCGAAAAUUACAAAAUUGUAAAGAAAACAGUCAAUAAUUUUUUCUCCUAAAGUAAAAUUUAGCCAAAAAAUGAAUUAGUAUACAAAAUAUAAUAAUACACUGGAAACAUAGAGUAAUAUUCAUACAAAUUACAUAAUGUCAAUUUUAAUUAUUUCUUAGUAUUAUUGUUGUGUAAUUUAAAAGUGAAUUUGUGUUAUUAGUAUACAUAGAUGCCGCCAUCUUAACUGUUUCCAUGGAAACCAUGAAAACAAACUUUUAUACAAAAAUUAUGAAGAUGAUUUCGUAAAAUUAAGUGUAAAACAGUACUUUUUGUGUGUAUGUGUGUGUAUAUAGAACAAUAAACAAUGCAAGCUUCUCCUACUUGGGUUGAUAAAGUCCAAGAUAAAUCUGAACAAUGUAUAUAUGAUCUAUGUUUUAAUCCAGAUGGAACUCAGUUAGUUAUUGCUGCUGGACAACAAGUUCUUGUUUAUGAAACUAAUGAAGGUACUUUAAUUCAACCAUUAAAAGGGCAUAAAGAUAUAGUUUAUUGUGUAUGUUAUGCAAAAGAUGGCAAAAAAUUUGCAUCAGGUAGUGCUGAUAAAAGUGUUAUUAUCUGGACGUCAAGAUUAGAAGGCAUACUUAAAUAUUCACAUAAUGAAGCUGUUCAAGCUAUGCAGUUCAAUCCAGUAUCACAUCAACUUUUAAGUUGUUCUUUGUCAGACAUAGCACUCUGGUCUCCAGAACAGAAAGCAGUUGUAAAGCAUAAAUCAAAAGGAAGAGUAAAUUGUUGUGCUUGGACAAACGAUGGUCAAUAUUUAGCAAUUGGCUUGGCAUCUGGCUAUGUCUCUAUUAGAAAUAAAAAUGGAGAAGAGCAAACACGAAUUGAUAGACAAAAUGGAAUACCUAUUUGGAGCUUGUUGUGGAAUCGUCAAUGGGAAGAUUUAGCAGAAGUUCUCUGUAUUGCAGAAUGGAAUGGAACCCUAUCGUUUUAUUCAAUUUCAGGAAAAUCAUUGGGGAAAGAUAGACAACUCAAUUUUAUACCACUUAAAAUGUGUAACUUUGCAGGAGAUCAAUAUAUUUUAAUUUCUGGAAGUAAUAGACAGUGUUUAUUAAUGACAUAUGAUGGGAUACAAUUGAUUAACAUUGGUGGUACAUUUUCUUCUUGGGUUUGGAGUUGUGCUGUACAUCCAAGUUCUACACAUGUUGCAUUAGGUUGUCAAGAUGGUACAAUAACAUAUUUGCAGUUAUCUUGGGACAUUAUACAUGGAUUAUAUGGAGAUAGAUAUGCAUAUAGAGAAAAUAUGACUGAUGUAAUAAUACAAAAUUUAAUUACUAAUCAAAAAGUUCGCAUUAAGUGCAAAGAUUUGAUAUAUCGUAUUGCUGUGUAUAGAAACAGAUUAGCAGUUCAAUUAUCGGAACGUGUAAUAAUUUAUGAACCAUCAAAUUCCAAUGAUGGAAUGCAUUAUCGAAUAUAUGAAAAAUUAAAUCAAACAUUAAAUUGUAAUUUACUUGUUGUCACUACGAACAACUUAAUUUUAUGUACAGAAAGACAAUUACAAAGUCUAUCUUUCAAUGGUAUAAUAGAAAGAGAAUGGAUACUUGAUGGACUUGUAACUUAUAUAAAAGUUGUUGGUGGACCAAUUGGACAAGAGUGCCUUAUUAUAGGUUUAAAUACUGGCUAUAUAGUGAAAAUAUAUUUAGAUAAUCCUUUCCCAGCAUACAUAAUAAAAAUUGAGGGUUCUGUAAGAUGCCUCGAUAUCAGUUCAUUAAAGGAAAAAAUUGCUGUUGUUAGUGAUCAUGGAAUCCUUUCUGUAUUUGAUUUAUAUACAGAGGAAAAACUGCAAGAAUUUCAAAAUGUAAAUAGUGUGACAUUUAAUAAUAGUUUUGAAGAUAUAAUGUGUUUUUCUAGUGGAGAAUAUUUAGCAAUUAAAGUAGGUGAUUUUGCGGAAUACAGACAAAAAUUUUCGGGACUUGUCAUGGGUCACAAUGAAUCAAAAGUGUAUUGUUUAAAUGGUUCUUCUAUUGUCACGUUAGAGGUACCCUUAUCAUUGUUUAUGUAUCAAUAUAUUGAUAUUGGUCUUUUUUCUAAUGCUUACAACAUGGCAUGUCUUGGAGUAGCAGAUUCUGACUGGUUUGCUUUAGGAACAGCUGCUUUAGAAAAUUUGGAAUUAAAUAUUGCAUACUCUUCCUUUGCUAGAAUAAAAAAUUUAAAAUAUAUAGAAGUUUUAUCUGAAGUGGAAGAAAAACUUAAAUCUGGAGAAUGGGGAAGAGAAGCAUGCAUGGCUACUGCUGCAGCUGCUAUGGGAAAACUGAAAGAUGCUGCAAAACUUUUCCAAAAAGCUGGUUUACAACAAUAUGCAUUAACUAUGUACUCCGAUCUACGUAUGUUUGAUAUUGCACAAGAAUUUAUUGUUAGUGGAAAUAAUCAGGAUCGUACAAUUUUACUUCGUAAACGAGCAGAAUGGGCUAAAAGUCUUGGAGAACCUCGUGCUGCGGCAGAAAUGUUUCUUUCAGCUGGAGAUGUUGAUCGCGCCAUAAAUAUAAUCGCAGAGUAUGGCUGGAUUGACAUGUUAAUUAAAGUUGGCAGACAACUUGAUAAAGCAGAUAGAGAUAAUUUAACUGUAAUUGCUAAAAAAUUAAAAAAGCUGGGUGCAACUCAUGGUGCAGCAGAAAUUUUUAAUCGCCUAGGAGAUGAUCCUGAUGUAGCGGAUGUUUUAGUAGAAGCCCAAGCUUGGCCAGAAGCAUUUGAAUUAGCUGAGAGAAAUCCCAAACUGAAAGCUAGAAUAUAUGGACCAUAUGCUAGAUGGUUGGCAGAAACUGGCCAUUUUUCUGAAGCACAAAAGGCAUUUCAAAUAGCUGGACAAUCAGACGAAUCUGUGAUGGUUUUAAUAAUGUUGGCUAGAAAUGCAGUUACUGAAAAAAGAUUUCGUGAUGCAUCUUACUUUUAUUGGCUUCUUUCUCAAAUAAGCUUAAAUCUUAAUAAAACUGUGGAUGAAUUACAAACAAUGUUUCUCCAAUAUUAUGAAAAGGCUGAAAUCUAUUACGCAUAUCAUGAAGUACAUAAAUAUGUAGAAGAACCAUUUACGUCAUUAAUGCCAGAAGCUCUUUUUAACAUUGCGCGAUUUCUUCUAACUAAAACAGAAAAUAUUCAAAUAGAAGGAGUUUCAAGAUUCACCAUAAUAUACACAUUGCUAAAACAAUCUUCUUUGCUUGAUGCUAAUAAACUAACUAUGCAAUUACUUGAGAAAUUACGAAAAACAAAAAUUCCAGUAAAUCAACUUAGCCAAUUAGAAAUUUCAAAUUUAAAUGCCCGAGCAUCUUCUUAUAGAGAUCCUGAAGAACUUUUACCUCUUUGCUAUAAAUGUUCGACCUUUAAUCCCCUGCUGCCAUCAAGUAAUCAGGGGCAAUGUGUGCAAUGUGGUCUAAAAUUUCAAUAUUCUUUUGUAAUGUUUGAAAUUUUACCAUUGGUCGAAUUUGAACUAGAAGAAAAUAUUUCUGAUGAAGAAGCAGAAAAACUAAUAAAUGACUCAUUAUCAUCAUCCGAUGAUAUUACAACUACAAAUCAGUUUUCUGUCACCUCUGAAAUUGAUCUUUUUACAGCACGAUUAAUGAAAUAUGAGGAAAAAUCUAGUUCUUCUACUAUAAUCGUGGGAAGAAAUGUCUUAAAAAGUAUGGAUCCAUGUACAGUAUUAAUUAUUAAAUGGCCAAAACCAUUUAAAACAAAGUAUUUUAAAAAUCUCCUACCUGAUUUACAAAUUACAUUCUGUAAAUCUUGUUUAAAGUUAUUUCAUUCGGAUGACUAUGAACUGGCUUUAUUAAGACACGGAUAUUGUCCAUUUUGCAGAACAGUAAAUAAAAUUUCCAAUUAGUACUUUUUGUUAAUCUAAAUACGUUUAUAUAAGUACGAUAUUAUUUUUACUGUAAUAAAUUAUUACCAUUAUAAAUUAAUUUUAACUUAAGUUAAAGUAAUUUAAUGUACGUAAUUUGUAUUAGCCCCAUUGCAGACGAAUGUCAUUGCGAUUUUAGUAAUAUACUCGUAUACUUUAAAUUCGGCAAUUAUAUAUUUCUGAUAACAGAAUUGUACAUUAUACAGGGUUGAUUAUUUAAGACGAGCCAUCUAAGUAAUUUUUUCAAUUCUGGAAAUAAAAUGAAAUGUUUGAAACAAAAAUUUUGUGAUCGAAAUGAUUUCGACAAAGCUUGUUUACGUUUUGAAUUGAUUGAGCAUGACUUUGUUAACAAAGCCGAAAAUAUGUUCCAAAAGCGAUCACCAAUUUUCAUUUUUCACUCAUUAUUACAUUCGUGAUCUUGAAUGACCAUGACCAUUGAAAUUGUUUUGAGAAUUAUAACCGUAAAAGUUCAAAUAUGCAUAGUCCCGCUUAAAAAAAUGAAAGUGACUUAAAUUUCCUAAGCUCGCCCACCUGAUAAAAAGUUUUGAUCAUUAUGUAAUGGCCUCCCUCGGAACCAAACAACUUUUGUUUCAAACAUUUCUUUUUAUAUUCAAACUUGAAAAAAUUAUUCGGGUGACCUGGCUUAAGUGACUCACCCUGUAUAAACUUAUUAAAUCGCACAGUUUCUUCGUUAUGAGAUUAUAACGUUAUUGUAUCUUUCGGUCUGUACUGAGAUCUGUACCUUUAUUUAUUCUAUUCGCUUUUUUUAAAUAUUUUUGCACAUAUUAUCCUUAAUUAAUUAUAUUUAAUGAAAUUUCUUAGAAAUUAGGAUCAAUAUUGUAUGAAGAGUCUAUCUGAAUUUAAUUAAUUCUGAAGUAUAAGAUAUUAUAUAUGUAACAAAUUUAUCAUAUUAUCAGUGAACAUAUCUUUAGCCAAAGUUUAUGUGUAAUGGAUAUCUCGAUAAUCCAGUUAUAUAAACACGAAUAGUAGGUAGUAAGUUGGUUUUCAUUUGCACGCUAAUUGUUCUGAUUUCUGGAGUACCGUUGAACGAAAUCUUCAGAAGAAUUGAGUGUAUUUCGAACAGUUACAAUUUGAAAGAUGUUGCGUGUAGCUUACUUGACGAUCUUCCUUUUUGUAAAUAUCGUUAGUUAUAAAUUGGAUAAUGAUGAUAUCACGGAAAUUCCAAAUUCAAUGUCUCGCGGAAGGUGUAAGUAAGAGAAAAAUGAAUGAAAUUGUAUUUAAAAAUGACGAAGGUACAAAAUAAAAAUAAUAAAAAUUAUAAAAUUCAAUUAA